ACAUGUCCAAGUACUCCCCUCGUCUGGGUCGACCCGGAUCGGCGGGGUCUAAGAGCCCCGGCUUGAGAAAGGAGCUGCAUGGCAAUCGCUCAUGCAUGCUGCGGAUCGGGGAGAGGCUGAUGAGGGCGGGCAGCGAGGGGAACCUGGUCCAGAGACCCGUCCCGGCUCAGAGCCAGAACCGGACGCCCAGCGGCGACUUGGGACAGCGCUCCAACGGGCAGACACAGCUCGCCGCGCUGGAGGACAGUCCCGGCGAGCGCUCCGGGAACAGCUGUAACAAAGAUCCUGGAAACUCUCCAUCCAGAGUCUCUUCCUCGUCGUCCUCCUCCACAGCGGGGGACAGCGGCGCCGAGCAUCUCCUGCAGAGGAAGCAGCACUCCAGCAGCAGCUCAGGCUGUAACCCCGACUUCCCGUCUCCCCGCUCUCCCAGCACCUUGCCUCGGAGCUGCGCCCCGCCUGCAGGCAGCAGCCGGGACAGGGACAGGGACAGGGACAGGGACAGGGACAGGGACAGGGACAGCCAGCUGGAAAGCCUGAUGCUGCAGCACUCGGACGUGGAGAGGAGGAAGGAGGUGCUCUUAGACCACCUGAGGCAGAAGUACCCCCACCACACUGCUUUCCUCAUGGGACACCAGGAGCUCAGGAAGGAGCAGGUGAGACUGACUCUUUGA